ACUCAACUGCUGGUCACCAAGCUGCAUGCCCUCCUCGCCAGUGGCGUCGAUGUCUCCCUGCAUUGGGUCCCAUCUCAUGUGGGUAUUCAGGGAAAUGAGCAAGCAGACGCACUGGCGAAGGAGGCAUGCCCAGCGCUUCAAGCACAACGAGCUGCCUUGCUCGCCGCACUCCGUCGCCAGGGUAUUCCCGUGGCUACACAGAGGGACCUCCUCUUCCCUGCAAAGCACCACACCCAGGUUUUCAAGGCGGUUCUUCGCUUCCUUGAGGACACUGGACUGGCCAACCGGCUAUAGUA